UGUUCCUAGCUCCCUUUGUCUCCCCAUUCCCCGCCCAGGCCUGGCCAUUCUCCCUCCAUCAGCCCAGCUGGCAGGACCUGGGACUCCACCCGUGGAGCUCCCCAGCCUGCUGACCCGCCAGCUUGGAAACAUCUGCCAGCUCUGGGUCAACGUGGAGGUUCGGGGCCACCAUGCUCAGUCUCAAGCUGCCCCAGCUCCUUCGAGUCCACCAGGUCCCCAGGGUAUUCUGGGAAGAUGGCAUCGUGUCUGGGUACCGCCGCCCCACCAGCUCGGCCCUGGACUGUGUCCUCAGCUCUUUCCAGAUGACCAAUGAGACGGUCAACAUCUGGACGCACUUCCUGCCCACCUGGUACUUCCUGUGGCGCCUGCUGAGCCUGUUGCGGGGCGCGGAGCCCUUUCAGAGGCCGCUGCUCAUCUUCCUGCUGCCUGCCUGCCUCUACCCCUUCGCGUCCUGCUGCGCGCACACCUUCAGCGCCAUGUCGCCGCGCGCACGCCACAUCUGCUUCUUCCUGGACUACGGCGCGCUCAGCCUCUACAGCUUGGGUUGCGCCUUCCCCUACGCCGCCUACUCCAUGCCGGCCUCCUGGCUGCACGGCCGCCUGCACCAGCUCUUCGUGCCCGCCGCCGCGCUCAACUCCCUCCUGUGCACCGGCCUCUCCUGCUACUCCCGCUUCCCAGAGCUGGAAAGCCCCGGGCUCAGUAAGGUCCUGCGAACUGCAGCCUUUGCCUAUCCCUUCCUGUUCGACAACCUGCCGCUCUUCUACCGUCUCGGGCUGUGCUGGGGCAGGAGCCACAGCUGUGGCCAAGAGGCGCUGAGCAGCAGCCAUGGCUACCAUCUUUUCUGCGCGCUGCUCACCGGCUUCUUCUUCGCUUCCCACCUGCCCGAGCGACUAGCACCAGGACGCUUUGACUAUAUUGGCCACAGCCACCAGCUGUUUCACAUCUGUGCAGUGCUGGGCACCCACUUUCAGCUGGAAGCUGUGCUGGCUGACAUGGGGUCUCAUCAAGCCUGGCUGGCCGCACAAGAACCCCCACUGGACCUGGCAGGCACAGUGGCCACACUGAGCUUGGCAGUGGCUGGAAACCUGCUCAUCAUUGCUGCUUUCACAGCCUCCCUGCUGCGGGCUCCUGGUACAUGCCCUCUGCUGCAGGGUAGCCCAAUGGAGGGGGGCCCCCAGGUCAAACAACAGUGAGGACCCAUCCCUGACCUGACCCUGUCCUGGAGGAAGGCAGAGGCCAGAACCCCUUGCAGGGGGGGAGCCCAGACCUGGGCCUGAGAGAUGGAGUCACAUUUCAGCCUGGAACUAAAAGUGGCCAAGGACAGACAGGACAGAGGGCAGUGGAGAAAUGGGGUUUUGGGGGGCUUGGUGUGUGUAUGUGGGGGGCUAGCAGAGAGUGAGAGGGACCAGGAGGGGCCCCUUUGGGGAAUGGGGAAGUGUUGGGGGCCUGAUAGGGUAGGUGUGUGUCCAGGCUGGGGCUGUGCCCAGGCCCUGUCAGAGACUGGGAUGGGGAAACAUCUGGACCUCUGAUCUGGCCCAUGUCUGGUGCUCCUGAAGUCUCUCCUCAAGCCUAGUGAAGCACUAAUAAGAUUAACCCAGGUCCAUGCUAGUGCAGUUAACCCCCAAACAGGUAGUGCCCAGUUGUCCACAGCUAUUUGUCAUAGAGGUGAGUCUGUCUGUUCUGGUUCUGACUGUGUACUUGAGGUGUCCAGGCAUUUGGGCACUGGGACCAUCUAGGUGUGUCAUUGACGGCACAGUAGAUGAGGUAGGAGGAAAGUGCUAGGUUGGCUGGGGUGACCACACUUAAGCCUUA